GAGCUUGCAGUCGGGUGUGUCGGGUGUGUCCCCACUCUCCAUUUCUCAGCGUGCGCGCUCUCUUCUCUCUCUUUUGUGGUAACUGGCGGCGGCCGACGCCGACGCCCUAGCUCACGUCUUCGUCGGUCCCUUCCCAGCCUUCGUCGCGUCCUUCGCCGUCGACGAGAACACACGAGGAAUUCAAGGAAACACUUGCAGGACUGAAGAAUAGAGAAACAUGUCGUCUGGUGGUGUGAAAGAUUUUUACCGGCAGAAAAAGAAAGGAGGCGUGGCGAAGACAGCUUCAUCCUCAAAGAAUAAGACACGGCAUUACACUGGUGGGGCUUCUGUUGGUGCCUCAGAUGCAGCUCAGACAUCAGCUCUAGUUUCUCAUGGCUCCUGGGAUCUCAAAGAUGACUUUGGUGAUGAAGAAGAGCAGCUGCGACAGUUUGACGUGGACAUGAAGUUUGGUCCUUGCAUCGGUGUUACUCGGCUUCAGCGCUGGGAGCGAGCCUCUGCCAUGGGCCUCCAGCCACCAGCUCAUCUCCGGGACCUCCUACUGCACGCGGCAUCGACAAAGAAUCGCGGUGGCGGUAGCCCCUCUGUCGAGUGCCUUUGGGAGGGUAAAGUCUAGAAGAAAUAUCUUCUAAUCCCCCAUCCCAGGUCAACUUCAGGUGGUUAACUGGAGACGCUUGUUGUACCAUGCAGCCUCUUGUUGAUGUAUGUUGGCACUCGUUUGUUUCUCCAAGGCACGUGUUCGGUAACAGUAUAUAGAUGGCUACCUGUGCGUAUGUUGGCGCACUUCAUGCUGAAUUCUCUUCUCGUAUUGAGAUCCUGUUGCGUUGUCUGUAUCUGAGUGCGUCAAGCACGCACAUGAACACAUCUCCUAUGUGCUGCCAGUUGCAUUGUGA